ACAAGCUUGCUUUUAGGGUCAGGAACUGGUCUGACAAGAGAAUGGCAAUCCUGCCUUUAAACUGUCACUAGGACUGUAUGGUUGACGAUGAAUCUACCACAGCUCCAGGCCCAAAGGCGAAACGCUGAGCAAGAGAAUGUGAAGACAUAUUUCAGGACAUUGUGAGUGCCACUAAAGAUGUCUGAUAGUGUCGAUAUUGAAGAGAAACCACCAGCCCCCCCCUUGAGAAUGAACAGUAGUUCCCGAGACUCUUCAUCAGUGAAUCACGCCUCUAAACCGCUUCCAAUGGCUCCUGAAGAGAAAAACAAGAAGGUUCGCCUGCGCUCCAUCUUCCCCGGGGGAGACAAGACAAAUAAGAAGAAGGAGAAGGAACGUCCUGAGAUAUCCCUACCCUCAGACUUUGAACACACCAUUCAUGUUGGCUUUGAUGCUGUAACAGGAGAAUUCACGGGUAUCCCAGAGCAGUGGGCGCGGCUCCUACAGACCUCGAACAUCACCAAGCUGGAGCAGAAGAAGAACCCACAGGCCGUGUUGGACGUCUUAAAGUUUUAUGACUCCAAAGAGACCGUCAACAACCAGAAAUAUAUGAGCUUCACCUCUGGAGACAAGUCGGCGCAUGGGUACAUAGCAGCAAACACUCUGAACCGACUGCUGUCAUCUGGGCCUCCUGUCAGCCUUAGAACCUGCAGCGCAUUAUUUGACAAGGGUGCCAAAACAUCAUCAUCAGAGCCCCCAAUUGCUCCACCCGUGUCAGAGGAGGAGGAUGAAGAGGAAGAGGAAGAGGAGGAGGAGGAGGAAGAUGAGGAUGACGACGACGAAUUGCCCCCGGUCAUUGCACCUCGGCCCGAGCACACCAAAUCUAUCUACACACGCUCCGUCAUGGACCCACCAAAGCCUCCCACUCCUGUGAAAGAAGUGUUGACUCCGCCGGAGUCGCAGGUCCAGCCGGAGAACACGUCCAACACAAUGUAUCGCCACACUGACCGCCAGAGGAAGAAGUCCAAAAUGACAGAUGAGGAAAUUCUGGAGAGACUCAGGAGUAUUGUGAGCGUGGGGGAUCCCAAAAAGAAGUACACGCGCUUCGAGAAAAUAGGACAGGGAGCAUCCGGCACUGUGUACACUGCCAUCGACAUAGCAACUGGCCAAGAGGUGGCCAUUAAGCAGAUGAACCUGCAGCAGCAGCCGAAGAAAGAGCUGAUCAUCAAUGAGAUCUUGGUGAUGAGGGAAAACAAGAACUCCAAUAUAGUGAACUAUUUGGACAGUUACUUGGUGGGAGAUGAGCUAUGGGUGGUGAUGGAGUAUUUGGCCGGUGGCUCAUUGACAGAUGUAGUGACUGAGACGUGCAUGGAUGAGGGCCAGAUUGCUGCGGUCUGCAGAGAGUGUCUUCAAGCUCUGGACUUCCUACACUCCAACCAGGUGAUCCACAGAGAUAUAAAAAGUGACAACAUCCUCUUGGGUAUGGACGGAUCUGUCAAGCUCACCGAUUUUGGCUUCUGUGCCCAGAUCACUCCAGAGCAGAACAAGCGCAGCACGAUGGUGGGAACGCCCUACUGGAUGGCACCGGAGGUGGUGACUCGGAAGGCUUAUGGUCCUAAAGUGGAUAUCUGGUCUCUUGGAAUCAUGGCGAUAGAGAUGGUGGAGGGAGAACCACCCUACCUGAAUGAGAAUCCACUCAGGGCGCUGUACCUGAUAGCUACCAACGGGACUCCAGAGCUGCAGAACCCAGAGAGGCUGUCGUCUGUGUUCAGAGACUUCCUCAACCGCUGUCUGGAGAUGGAUGUGGACCGCAGAGGCUCUGCCAAGGAGCUGCUACAGCAUUCCUUCCUCAAGCUGGCGAAGCCUCUAUCCAGCCUGACGCCUCUGAUUGUAGCUGCGAAGGAAGCCAUAAAGAACAGCAGUCGCUAGGGAGCGCCCUCUGUCCACACCCAAGGCUGGAGCCCUGCCUGUGUUGUGUGCGUUCAUCGGGGCAGGGGGACUUGGGUGUAUGGGUGGUGGGUGAUGUGAUAGUGACAGCACAAGGAGGGGGUCUGUGUGACUUACAGUGACAGCACAAGGACAAAAGACCCCCAGGCCUCAUAUGUAGGACGGACAUCUGGCCUUGCAGCCUCUCGGCCCAUGCUGCUGAAAAGACCUUGCCUCUUCGUUUACUUCUCCAGCACUCUGUACAUGUAGAGCAGUCCAUCACAAGUAUGUGUGCGUGUGCGUUUGGGUGCGUGUGUGCAAACCGUGCACAUCUCUUUGUGUCAUAUGUUUCAUUUGGGCAGCACUCGCUCCCCAAACCCCUGCGUCCGCCCCCCCAAAAAAAAUAGGGUGAAAAAAUUCAAAAGAAAGUGUGCUCAGAAACUUCAGGAGCAAAGAGGAGAAGCAAACAAAACUGAAGAGCCCUUGAUUCCUUCCCUGGCCGGCUGUAGGCUUGGUUUUCUUUUCUCUAGUCCCACUCCCACGGAGCACGAUCAGGCCACACCUGCACCUGCAGUGACCAGCUGAUGUGAGAGAGCAACUCUGGACCCAACCUUUGCCUGCAUGACUAUGGCUCUGAGCAGAAACAUUGCUACUCCUCUGCAGACUGUCACAUCUCAAGGUGGUGGAUUUUUGUGUUCGUUGUGUGUGUGUUUGUGUGUGUGAAUGCUUGUAGGGGUGCAGCUACAGGGGAAAAAGUCAGGAAUAAUUUCACAUGACACUAUGGCCAGCUUUAAACAUCCUUCAGUAAUCAUGGAGGUUAAUUUACUGACUUUCUUUCCAAAACUGGUGUCUACGAUGUGACUCAGCUGCAGAUCACCUAUUCAAAUAUUACAUUUUAAAUAUAUAAUAUUCAUAAUUUCUUAUCCAGGAGGAAAGUGUCACACAUCAUACAUUGAUACACACACGUUUACACUAACAUGUAGAUGACCUGUCAUGUAUUUAAAUCAACAUUUGAUGCUGAAAACACGAUGAGACCUGACUAGACUAAAACAGUGCACAUUCACAGUCAGUUUCAUUGCCAAUGCAUUUCAUCUGUAAAUGAGACAGAUCCUUAAAAAAUGCAUGUAAACAUACACUAUGGCUUUCAUUGUGUACAAGCAUCUCAAAUAGGAUUAUCCAUACUGGUAUCUGUGGCUUUCUUCUCAUGACAUCUAUCUUAAUAUAAAGGCCUUCUUUUAUAUUUCUUCUGACAGUUUAGUAUUGAAAGACAAACAGUAGAUGAGAGACUCAACAGAGAUAUGAAUGUUUUCAUUUAAAUAUCUAUAUUUGGUGAUGGAUAUUCCUUAUUAAGGUGCUGGCACACAGUGAACAGUGUGUAUUCCUAAAUCCCAACAUUUCAGAUUUUCAAAUGAGCUCUUUUUUAUGUUUCCCAGGGGGCCCCAAGCAUCCUUGUAUCUUCAGACCUUAAGCAGGAAUUAACAAGAUACAAGAUCCAAAAAAAACAUUGCAAAUAUAAAAUACAUACAAUAAAAUGAAUAUAAAUGUAUUCACUCCAAAUUGUUCAGUUAUAGCAACAGUCUGCAACAAGACAUGGAAGGAGAAAGAAAUUUUCCUCAUCAUGUAAUUCAUGCAUUAUUUAAACAGAUGACUGUUUAAAUAACUAUGUCAAAUGAUUACGAGAGACAUCUAAGUUUGAAGUUGUUUCAGUUCUCCUCCAAUCUGGAAAAUGAUUCCUCUGUUUUUCAGGAGCAUAAACAUGGGGCAUUAGCACAUCCUGUGGUCUCAUCAUCUUAGUUUGCCGAACACAUUAUGUGACUGUGACUAUACGCGUUUGGAUUGAAUGCCAGCAAAAUCCUGGCCUACCUUUUCCAGGUGAACAUACUAAAUAUUCAACAACAGGUCUAAUAAGGCACUGGCCACCAGCUGCCCUCCUCACCCACCUGCCCUCUCCCUCCUCUUCUCCUUUGGUGCUUCAGUGCUGCUCAUUCAUGCUUCAGUGUCCUUUUGUCUUUUGAUGAUGUCUUCUGUGACUUUUCUCUUGUGAUCUGUUUUGUAGUGAGGUUUUUUUUUUGGACAUGUGGCAGAUUAGAGAGGGCGGGAUGUUAACCACUGAGCGAAGAUAGUGAGCACCAUUUCAUGAUUGUACCUCAUGACCACCGAAAACAGAAACUGUAGUAAAAGUUCAUAUUGUUUCCUAACAUUCCUUCCAUCCCUGGUUAGCCUUUAAACUCAUUCCUGUACAGACGUUAUCUACUUCGUGUCAAUAUUUGGUAGGCAUUUCCCAUGUAGCAUCCCUCUGUGCAUGAGUGUGUGUGUGUGUGUGUUUGUGUGUUAGGGGGCUACCUCAAUCUGCACUAGAAGAUGCCUCACUCGUGUUGUCCACCUUGACUUUGAGGUGCAGGGUAGCUGUUUAGUCAUAUUGUACCUCCAUUGUACAGCAAAUGUACAGAAGAUGAAGGAGUGAUGUUAGACAGGAGGAUGCAACAGAAUUCAUGCAUGUAAAACAAACUAUACACUGUAUCUCAUUUUCAAAUAGGUUAAGAUUGUUAGAAUAUGUAUGUAUGUAUGUAAAUAUGACGGGAACCCCCCCCCCCCCCCCCCCCCUCCUCCUUUUUUUUCAGAAUUAUGUAACUUAAAAUGACAAUAUUCAGGUUGCUCUAUGGUAUGUAUCAAUAAAUGUUUUGCACCCUGGAAAUCAAAAAAGAGAAAAACAAAAACACACACGCUGUCUCUGCACUCCUGGACCCAGCUCUCCUGUUUGGGCUUUAUCGGACACUCCUUCAUCUGGACAGAGAGCCGAUGAAGGCAGCACUCUGUGUGCGGGCCCACACAGUCUGUCCUGAGUACCACUGCUGAGUGUUAGUACAUGUAUGUGUGCGUGCGGUAGGUGUGGGGGGGGCCUGUCAGGAAGCUUCGCCGGGCCCCUGGGACGUUUGGCCUUGGCCCCAUGUACAGGUCUGAACAAUGAGCACAAAGGUGAAUUUCAGGACAAGAGACACCGCUGACGUGCCCCUCUUCUGUGGUUGCGCCUGUACAUUCCUAUCUUCUGAAUGUGUAAACCUGUACACGUGGUGUGAAAAUUCCUCUAUUAAUGUGUAUCAAGAGAAUGGAACAAAGACAAAAAUGUUACUUUUUAAAUUAUUAUCAUUAUUAUUAUUAUUACUCUUAUUAUUGUCUAGCUUUGUAAAACUGCUGAUCCAUCGGGCAUACCUCAGCAGGCCUUUCCCCAUCUUUGAAAAAGGACAAAUGAUUGACGGGGAAAUGAGGUUUUGGAUAAACUAUUUUUAAUUGUGGUUGAAGCAAUAGACUUUUUGAACUUUGAAUUGUGCAUGGCUGUGUCUUGAGUGUAAAAAAAAAACAAACAAAAAACAAAAUAUUGCAGUUUGGGAACUGGACUGAAAUAAAAAGAGGAAGAAAACCAGAGUUGUGAUAAUGCUUGUGGGCUAUUAUGGUUGAAUUUACUUCA